GUCCCGGUCAGCAGUGUUAGUGAACGCCCGGGUUCACAGCGCGCGUCUAAUUCGCGUCAACACUUGCCAUUUGCUUGCCAUGAUACCCGCGCUGGUCCCGCGAUGCGACAGCACCUUAAGCAACCCUGUGAAACACUAUCUCUGGUUGCUUCUUGCAGCUAUGCCUCGCUCUCCUCGACCUAAGUGCUGCUGAAACUGGCGUCGAGCCGACAACAAGUAUGAGCAGCGACUUAGAGGUCCGGUGGCCCAACUUCCAGCUUUCGCACCGUGUUUCAAAGUUGUUUCGCUCAUUCACGGGAAACGGCGCGACUGUAUACAGCUACUAUGAGCUACGCAGCUUUGACGAAGACUCCGAGGUGCCUACAGACGAGGAACGAGUGUCAUUGAGACGGGUAGCUGAUGCAGUUCCGUGGAACGCAUUUCUGAUUGCCUUUGUCGAGCUUGGAGAGAGGUUCUCUUACUAUGGGACUACCGUUGUCUUUACCAACUUCAUCCAGCAACCAUUACCUCCUGGAUCACGUACGGGUGCUGGUUAUGCCGAUGGACAGUCGGGAGCCCUCGGGCUGGGACAACGCACCUCCACCGCGAUCGGUAUGCUGAACACGUUCUGGGUGUACUUCAUGCCUCUAUUCGGCGCGUACAUAGCAGAUACACGCUGGGGUAGAUUCAAAACGAUCUGUGUUGCUGUCGGCAUCGCUCUUGUCGGCCACGCUAUCCUUGUGGUUGCGGCGCUUCCGGGAGUGAUUGAGAACACGCAGCUAUCUCUGACGUAUUUCAUCGUCGCUUUGGUGAUAAUGGGCGUCGGAACGGGCGGCUUCAAGUCGAAUAUUUCUCCACUGGUAGCUGAACAGUACCAAAAGACGAAGCUAACGGUCACCACUAUCGCGAGCGGCGAGCGCGUCAUCGUAGACCCUGCCAUGACGACAGCUAGAAUAUACAUGUACUUCUAUUUGUUUAUUAAUAUCGGGGCUCUUCUUGGACAGAUCGGUAUGACCUACUCAGAAAAGUAUGUUGGAUUCUGGCUCGCAUUCCUCCUACCAACACUCGUGUUCCUCCUUUGCCCCCUCGUUCUCUUUCUUGGUCGAAACCGCUAUGUGUGCUCGCCACCCUCCGGGUCGAUCCUCGGAACUGUCGUCCAUACGUUUCGCUUCUGCAUGCACGGAAAGUGGUCUUUUAAUCCGGUCACGACCUAUCGGCAUAUGACCACACACACUUUCUGGGAUCGUGCGAGGCCUGCAAACGUCUCUCCCACAAAGCGGCCGGAGUGGAUGAACUAUGACGAUGCAUGGGUAGACGAGGUGAUCAGAGGCGUACAAGCGUGCAAAGUGUUCUUGUGGUACCCAGUGUUCUACUUGACGUUGAAUCAGCUCAAUAAUAAUCUUAUCUCCCAGGCAGCGACGAUGGAAACCUACGGAGUGCCCAACGACAUCAUGUCGAACCUCGAUCCGCUCUCGCUGAUCAUCCUUAUCCCCCUGUUUGACGUCAUCGUCUACCCGCUCCUCCGCCGCCGUCGAGUGCGUCUCACGCCGCUACGCAAGAUUACCGCAGGCUUCUUCGUCGCCUCGCUGGGGAUGGGAUAUACUGCAUUCAUACAAUAUCGCAUUUACGCGACGAACCCCUGUGGCCGAUACGCCGCGACGUGCGUAGACGAGACCGGCGCGCGCGUGACGAGCAAUAUGAACGUCUGGGUGCAAGCAGGGAGCUACAUCCUCAUCAGCAUCAGCGAGGUGCUCGCCAGCGUGACGGGCCUCGAGUACGCGUAUACGAAGGCGCCAAAGGGCAUGCGGAGCUUGGUCAUGGCCGUCUUCAUGUUCAUGAGCGCCAUUGCCAGUGCUGUGGGCGAAGCUUUCGUCGCCCUUUCCGCGGAUCCUCUCUUGGUAUGGAACUACAUGAUCUUGAGUGCGCUAUCGGCUGUGGCUGGUGUACUGUUCUGGCGACAGUUUCGCGACUUGGAUGCCCGUGAAGAUGAGCUCAAUAGUAUCGGGGAUGAUGAGGUCGCUUCCUCUCCGAGUCUCGCCGUACAAGAUUGAUGAUUGUAGAUACUUGGAACUUCAGGAACAACUAGUCUUUCUGCAACAACUGGAACCUUUGAACCUGCUUUCGUGUAACUGACUCAGAGUACUCCUCAGUUAUUGGUGUGGGAUGUUUCGGAUAAUAACUACGUUAUUAUGUCUGUUCCCUUUGGUA